UCGGGCGAGAGAACGGCUGCAGCAAGGCUGGGGCAGUUCAUUGUAUGGUGUUGCUGUUGUUUUUGCCUUUCCAUCUCCUGCUGCCAGUAUAUCUGCAGGUGCUGUUGUUGCUGUUGGCAAUGCAUGAUAACUUCCUGCUGACAGCACAGUUGUUGUCGUCACUGAAGGUGCAGAUGCUGCAAAAUUUGUUGUUGGUACAAUACUCUCUGUUGAUGUUGGUGGUUGUGGUACUGCGCCAACUGUCUGCUGUUGAAUCUGUUGUUGUUGCUGUUGUACUGCUUGGGCUUGGCCGUGGUAUAGAUGAGGCASUGCGUGCUGCUGUUGGGGUUGUUGUGCARAMAAUUGUUGUGCCARUUGUCGUUCGUGCUCUGCCAUCUGCAGCUGUUGGUGUGGUAGCUGAUGAUGAACCAUCUGUUGCUGUGCCARCAGUUGUUGCUGCAGKUGUUGCUCUGCCYGCCCUUGCUCGGCUACCUAUUUGUGCUGUUGUAGUGUCGGUUGUUGCUCGAGCUGACCAUGUGCAACUUCAGACAACUGUUGCGACAACUGUUGUUGUGCUAUCUGUUGCUGCUGCAGGAGUUCCUCUGCCAGCCCUUGCUCUACCACAUGUUUGUACUAUUGUUGUUGUUGUUGUUGUUGUUGUUGUGCCACCUGCCGCUGUUACGGUGGCAUCUGUUGCUGCAUCGUCAGUUGCUGUGCCAACUUUUGCUGUUCCAGGUGUUGGACCGCCAACCCUUGCUCCAUCACCUGAUUGUGCAGUCGUAGCAACGGUUGUUGCUCCAGCUGGUUGUGUACGUCUUGUGUCAGCUGAUGUUGUGUCAGCUGCUGCUGCACCUCCUGUUGCUAUGCCAGCUGUUGCUGCUCCAUGUGUCUGUCCGCUUGCCCUUGUUUCGCCACCUGUUUGUGCAGUUGUAGCAUCCAUUGAUGCUCCAGCUGGCUAUGUACACUUAUUAGCAGCUAUUGUUGUGGUGGUAGCUUUUGUGGUGGCAACUGUUGUUGCAUCAGCUGCAUCGGUUGAUGCUCCAGCUGGCUAUGUUCAGUUAGUAGCACUGCCAGCUAUUUUUGUGGUAGUUGUUGUGGUGUCAGCUGUCGUUGCAUCAGCUGUUGCURAAKCAGGUUUUGCUCSACAAGCUCUUGCUCUGCCCCCUGUUUGUGUUGCUGUUGAGGUGGCGGCARACAUUGCUCCACCAGUCCUAGGUCUGUYCUCUCUUUGUGCAAAUGUUGUAGSAGYAGCKGCUGCUCCAGCUGACAAUGYUCAUUUUGAGCUUGCGUACGCUGUUGCUGCGUCAGGUGCUGUUGUGACAGCAGUUGCUGAUGAGGAUGCUGUUGUUGUUGAGCAGUACGAACUACCUCGUCAUGUUCGAGCUCCAGCAACCGAACCCGYGCCGGAUCGUGCUGUGGCCGUSUGGGCAG